AUGCGGAUCUCGGGAGAGGUACACCCCCUAGAGACCCGCAGUUCCCUCGCACCGGUUUAUGUGCAAGGACCUGGCCGAAACCGGCACCGCAAAUCUAUUUGCUUGCGCGCUCCGAUCCUGGACACGCGACUGUGGAAAUUAAAUCCCGCAGCAAUCGCGAUCGCUUUGAAGUUUGGGAUCAGGCGAUCUAUCGGCACUGACUGCCCCUUGCCAAGCACCGUCCAGUUUCGUUGCGUUGGGCUAGUGCUGCCUGCAUUUCACUCCAAAGGAGUCAAGACCGGAGUAAGACCAGUGAGAUCUGAAUGUGCCCAAUUUGGGAAAGUCCCCACGUGCUCCUCGUAA